CGCGCUGAGACUCUGGAUAUUCUGCCAUUAGACUUUGGACAACAACAACAACUGCAGGCACAGUUGCCCCCCUAACAAAGAGUCAUGGUUCAAGCUAAAUACUGGAUUCUGACCAAGCAUUUCAAUGGCUUCCCAAAGGACAGUGAUUUUGAGCUCAAGGUGGAGGAGUUAUCAGAGCCCAAAGAUGGAGAGGUGCUCCUGGAGGCAGUGUUUCUCAGUGUGGAUCCCUAUAUGAGGCCGUUCAGUCGGGUUCGGAUGAAAGAAGGGGAUGCGAUGAUUGGAACGCAAGUGGCCAAAGUGAUUCAAAGUAAGAAUGCAGCGUUUCCCGUGGGAAGCCAUGUUGUUGCCCGAUGUGGCUGGAGAACCCACACGGUCUGUGAAGUGGCAGGCCUCAUUCCCAUCAUGCCUGACUGGCCUGAGGACGUGUCACUAUCCCUGGCUCUGGGCACCGUUGGCAUGCCCGGACUGACGGCUCUCUAUGGAAUCGAGGAGGUUUUGGGACUCAAGGCCGGAGAGACCCUGCUGGUGAAUGCUGCAGCGGGGGCGGUGGGGUCUGUGGUGGGACAGAUUGCCAAGAUCAAAGACUGUAAGGUGGUGGGUUCAGCCGGGUCCGAGGCCAAGGUGGCUUUCCUCAAAGAACUGGGCUUUGACGAAGCCUUCAACUACAAGACUGUGACGUCACUGGAGGAGGCGCUGAAGAAGGCGUCCCCACAAGGAUACGACUGCUACUUUGAGAAUGUGGGAGGUCCAUUUUCAACGGCUGCUUUACCACAGAUGAAAGACUUUGGAAGAAUUGCUGUAUGUGGAAGUAUCUCUGUGUACAACGACACUACACCCCAGACAGGCCCUUACCCCCACCUGACCAUGAUCUUCAAGCAGCUGAAAAUGGAGGGCUUCAUGCAGAGCAGGUGGGAGCACAAGCACCCUGAAUCCCUCAAGAGGCUGAUGGGAUGGGUGAAAGAGGGCAAACUGCAGUGUCGGGAGCACAUCACAAAAGGCUUUGACAACAUGCCAGCUGCUUUUAUGGGGAUGCUGAAAGGAGAGAACAUCGGCAAGGCUGUUGUUGCAGUGUGAUAGAGGGAGCACAGGAUGAAGCCCAACUACCAGUAGCAGUAGUGAUGGAAUCAGCAUUACAGAAGGAAGGAUGGAGCAAGAGAAGCCGAGGACUAAAUUUUCAUUUCAACAUGAUGUAAUUUUUGUCUUUAUUACACCCAGGAGUAGAAAUAAGACAUGAGCAAAGAUAUUUCAUCAAGAAAGUAGAACAAACUGUGUUGAUCAAACUGUUUUGACUGUUUAGAUGUGGAUGUGCUGUCGACACAUUCAUAUCCUGUUUACUUUAACAAACAUGAUAAUUAAAGGUGGUCGUUCUGAUUACAAAUACGCAUGAAUUUCAACACAAAGUUGGAUUUUGUUGUGGGAGGUGUAUGUUAAUAUAACGCUUUGUAUCAGUAGUCUCACUUUGUUGUUACUGUAUUAUUUCCUACUUUUUUAUUGAGCGGUAUUCAAAUAUGGAAAUCGCACUAAUGUUUUCUUCCUGAAUUUAUACAAAUACAUCGAAUAUGAGUCACAAUCAAUAUGAAGCAGAGAUUGUUUUAUUUUUUAUCUUUUCUUUUCAGCUUUCAUUCCAACACAAACCAUAUGUAGUUCUGAUGCUUCUCAGUCUUACCACAGAGUAACACAAUUACUCUAAUUCCUAACUAACGCAAAUAGUUUUUUGUUUUUGUUUUUUUUUUUCACUUUUUAUAAACACAGUCACAAAAAACAGAAACAAACCUUGCUUGGGUAGCAACACUGCAUUCACAUUAUUCAGACCUUCCACCAUUCCAGGUUCUGUUAUCAGUCCAUUUAUUCCAUUUUUUUUUUCCAUUUGUGCUUCUUGUAGUCACAGUUUAGUGAUUUUUUCCAUUGUAUACAUUCCUUCAAUAAAAUGCAAAUUGUUUUACAGAAGCAAAAUGUAGAGGGAAAGAGAAAAGAGGUAAAAACAAAAAAAGUACUUUCUU